GCACAGGCUACAAGCAGAAUUGGGUUUCCAAAAACAAAUCAAUGUUCUCGAUCCUAAAUCUCCGCGUGGGAGUAUAAGAUGGAUCCGGAAGGACUCCCUCCUCUUUGUUCAGUGUCGAGACACAAGGGACGUGUUUAUGUGUUCCACACUCCACACAGCCCAUGCGGGGAACACGGUUCAGAGGAGAGUCAGAGAUCCAGAUGGGCGCUGGGUGUUGAAGGACAUCUCUAUCCCACCAGCAGUGAAGGAGUACAACCGGUGCAUGGGUGGAGUGGACCUAUCGGUUGCCCUGAUAAGUUAUUAUAAAGUCAUCCACAAGACCCAGAAGUGGUAUAAGACUUUUUUUUAUCACUUCAUGGACAUUGCAGUAGUGAAUGCCUUCCUUCUCUACAAGGACAUCACUAAAGGAAAAGGACAGGUACCCAUGCACCAAAAGGCCUUUAGGGUGACACUAGUUGAGGAGCUGGCAGCAGCAGCUGGCAGACCUGCUCCAUCACAAACACCACACACUGCACAUCAUAAGCCGGUGCAUAUCAGUGGACACAGCACUGCAGGUCGUCUGAGGUGCAGACACUGCCAGGUAAAAACACCAGUAAAGUGCUCCUCCUGCGAUGUGCCUUUGUGCUUUAUUCCAAAUAGGGAUUGUUAUAAUGAUUGGCAUGUUGCUAAUAACAUUUGAUAGGUGUUGGGUGUUACGUUA